AUGGACGCUCGUUACCGUGCUGCCCUCCCUGCCGAGUUUCUGCCCAAGAACGAGCCCCCGAUCUAUAUCACUCUCCACUUUAUAGUGACCCGCCUCCCUGACUCUCUUAGUGCAGUCCGGGACACCCUUCUCGCUCUCCCCCCCACAGACCUCACUAUCGACCUGCUAGGGAAGCACCUUCUUGCAGCUGAGGCUAACAUAGUCGCUGUAGGUGCCACCCGUCGCACCCCUCGCACGCCCUUCUUUGAGGGGUGCUCCCCCUCCCCCCUCGCCCCCUCUGUUGCCUCUGCCGCUGCUGUCGACUUCCUUGGUGCUCACGAGGUCAGUGCUGCUUCUGCUCCUAGUGGGAAGCGCCGCAGCGGCAAGGGCAAGGGAGGCAAGGGUGGUGGGGGUGGCGGCGGGGGGGUUGGUGGUGGAGGUGGUUGGGGCGGCGGAGGUGGUGGAGGUGGCGGUGGGAGUGGUGGAGCGAGUGGGGGCGUCGGCGGCGGAGGUGGCGGCGGCGGCAGGGGUGGUGGUGGCAGUGGUCGUGGUGGCAGUGGGAGUAGUGGUGGGGGGAGUGGCAGCGGCGGGAGUGGUGGCAGCAGUGGCGGUGGUGAUCGCUCUGGCGCAGAGAUGGGCGACGAGUAUGAGCUGCCCCGCUGGGCAGAGCUACUUAAGACUGGUGUUGAUAUCUUUGCUCUUGACUUUGAUGCUAUCAUUGCUGGAAUGUAUGCUCUGACUACUAGUGUCGAGGGUGAUUGUCACUUGUGUGCGCCGUAUGACCCUGGUAUAGAGGCUGCUGCUCUAGGUGCUAGUGAGUCUGCUCUCUCUAGUACUGCGCCUGCUGAGGCCUCGCACACCUUCACGCUUGACUCAGCCCGCGUCCAGGGACAGGGCCGCGAGCGAUACUUUCUGCUGGUUGUCGACGACUACUCGCGUUACACCACGGUCUUCCCCUUGCGCAGCAAGGGUGAGGUCCCUGCUGUUUUGAUCCCUUGGAUCCGAGCCGUCCAUGUCCAGCUGCGCGAGCGGUUCCUCACGGAACUUUCUGUCCUGCGUCUGCACUCUGACAGGGGUGGUGAGUUCUCCUCCGACCUCUUGCGGUCCUUCUUCAUGGAGGUCGCUCGUACCUCCAUGAUCCAUGCGGCUGCUCCCCAUUUUCUGUGGUCGUUUGCAGUCCGGUACGUGGGGCAUCAACUCAACCUCUGGCCCCGUGUCUCCUUGCCAGAGACCUCGCCUACACUUCGUUGGACGGGGAAGGUUGGCGAUGAGUCCGCAUUCCGGGUCUGGGGUUCCCGUGCCUUUGUCCGCGAUUCCAUCGCGGGAAAGCUCUCCUCUCGCGCCAUUCCCUGCGUCUUCCUUGGCUUUCCCCCUGAUGCGCCUGGCUGGCAGUUUUACCACCCCACCUCGCGCCGUGUUCUGUCCUCUCAGGACGUCACUUUUGACGAGUCGGGUCCUGCUCCUUCAGGUGUCUCUCAGGUAGACCCACUUCCCUUAGCUGAGCCUGUCGAGGUCACUGGUGACUCAGGUGCUGCUGGGGGUGGUGCUGCUCGGGGUGCUGAGCCUGGGGGUGCUGCUUCUGGGGGUGCUGAGCCUGGGGGUGCUGAGCCUGGGGGUGCUGCUUCUGGGGGUGCUGAGCCUGGGGGUGUUGCUUCAGGGGGUACUGGGUCUGGGGGUGCUGAGCCUGGGGGUGCUGAGCCAGGGGGUGCUGCUUCUGGGUGUGCUGCGCCUGGGGGUGCUGAGCCUAAUGGUGCUGAGCCUGGGGGUGCUGAGCCUGGUGGAGCUGGGUCUACUGGUGGUCUUCCGGCGCUACUGGAGCUGGAGGCACUGGAGCUGGAGGCGCUGGCGCUGGAGGCGCUGGAGCUGGAGACGCUGGAGCUGCAGGCACUGGCGCUGGAGGCGCAGGAGCUGGAAACGCAGGAGCUUGAGGCGCAGGAGCUUGAGGCGCAGGAGCUGGAGGCACUGACGCUGGAGGCGCUGGAGCUGGAGGCGCUGGAGCUGGAGGCACUGUCACUGGAGGCGCUGGAGUUGGAGACGCUGGAGCUAGAGGCACUAGAGCUGGAGGUUCUGUGCAGCAGCAACCGAUUUUGUGCAGCCUACCCCCCUUCCUUACACAGAGCAGCCAGAGUCCCUGACACAACGUCAUGA